AAGGUCCUGCCGCGGUGCGUGGCGGUCUCAGAGACCCACGGAUACAAAUACAAACGGUCGGCGCGAGACGGGGUCGCAGGUGCCCGCGGCUGUGCGCUGGCGCCUUGUCCCAGGAAGUCGGUGCUGGAAGCUGGGCCUUGGGGACCCUCGCUGUGAGCGUAUGUUGUCUCCAUUUCUGAUCCUGCUGGCCUGGCGACUUUCGGCGCCCGUUGCUUUGCUGCGUUGCUGCUCUGCGGCGGGGUGAGCUCGGGGAAGCAGGCGGAGCGGCACCGCCGGCUGGAUUCAGUGACUUCAUUUUACAGGAGCCUUAUUCCCAGAGAGUACAUUAUUCAAGGUAAAAAAAAUUUGAUUAUUUCAACAGCUGGAACUGACUGUAAUGUUAAAUAAUGGCAACAGGUGACUUAAAAAGAAGCUUACGGAACCUAGAACAAGUGCUUCGCUUGCUGAAUUAUCCUAAAGAGGUGGAUUGUGUAGGCUUGAUAAAGGGAGAUACAGCAGCAUGUUUGCCCAUCAUCAGCUACUCCCUUACCUCGUAUUCACCUUAUAUAGCGGAACUUCUGAUGGAAUCCAAUAUAGAGCUCAUAGCCAAGAAUGACUUGCGCUUUAUAGAUACCGUCUACAAGCUUCUUCGUGACAAAUUUAAUUACAAACCAAUUUUGACAAAAAAGCAAUUUAUCCAGUGUGGAUUUGCAGAAUGGAAAAUCCAAAUCAUUUGUGAUAUUUUAAAUUGUGUGAUGAAAAAACACAAGGAGUUGAGUAAUGCUGAGAAGACUCCAUCACAGCAAAGAAAGAAAAUUAAUUCUAAUAAGUCAGAAUCUUCUAUAAGUAGUGAUAAACUAUCCACAGAGUCGGUUGGCAUUGACAUCACUGGCAGGUUUAUGACUUCAGGAAAGAAGAAAGCUGUGGUGAUCCGGCACCUGUAUAAUGAAGAUGGUUGUAACAUUCCUGAAGAUACAUUAAGUACAAUAACAGAUGUUAGUAGUGUAUUUGAUGUGUGUGACUUAAAGACUUCUGAAAUACAAAUUCCUGAAGUAAAAGUUCCUGUAACCAUGCUUGAGCAACAGGAUAUGAAAGUUAAUCCUGAGAUCACAGCAUUACAGACUAUGCUCAUCGAAUGCCAAGAGAAGCUCAAGAAAUUGACUUAUAUAGAGAGUAGAUUAGAUUCUUUAGAAGAAAAAAUGAAAGGAAAUGUAUUGAUUAAUGAAAAAUCCUGGACUAAUCUUUUAAGUCGUCUCACGCUUCUUGAAACAGAAUUGCUCUUGUUCAAAAAGAAUGAUGAAUCUAUGAAGUUUAAUGAAAUUCAGGAAGACUGUACGUCUAGUGGUGAUAUGGAAAAUCACAUGUCUGAUAAGAUCAACAAAGAGGAGAGGCAAAUAAAUAUUCCUCUGUCCUCUGGUUAUAAUACAGUUUCAUCAUCUUCAACUUCCAGAAACUCAGCUAUUACAUACUAUGGUUUGAAAGACAUUUCAGAGGAAACAACAGUCCAGAAAAUGGAAAGGAUGAAAAAAAUGUUUGAAGAAACUGCAGAAUUACUGGGAUGUCCAAAAUACUUAUAGAAUUUUCUUCACAUGCUUUUCUAGGACUUUUACUUCUGUACAUGUUGUAUAUUUUAAGAUUUCAUUAUACAAUAUUAAUAUACCAUAAUGUUUUUAUUAAGAAUUUGAAUUCCAUUUGCAAUGUGAAUUUUUUAUUCAGUAUUGCAUACUUAAAUACUUUUUUGUGCUAUGAUUAGACUGCUUAACUUCGUUCUGCUAUUUUUUUUUUUUUUUUCAGAAAAGUCUGCAUAUGAGUACUUUUCUUUCACAGAGUGAAGUCAUUACAGCACUAUAGUUUUCUGUUGACAUUUGUUGGCAGUGUGCUAAGUAAUACGUUUUUUAAAGUACAGAUUUGAGGACCAUGGUUUACGUCCUGUUGGAAACAUUCCAGCUGGGACUUGGAUAUUGUCCCCAGGAGGCUUUCCUACAUACUGUCUUGCAAUCUGCACUGACAAAUAUGUUGUAAUGAGAAGUUAAAACUGGUCAUUGAAAAUUCAAUUAAACAUGCAGCUAUUUCAUUCUUAGUCAAAAGACAAUAUAUUUUUGGUUAACACUGAGAAAGUAAGGGAUUGAUUUACCUUUUGUAGUUGAAAGCAGGUCAAAACUUCACUGUUAAAAAUGUGUUGAGUUUUUUUAGUGCUUUAUUCUGGAACAUAUUUUAAGAUCUGAAGUUCAGACCAAGAUGGUGGGUACUCAGUAUUACAGGAUAUGCAGCGAGGUUUUUUUUUUUUUGGUUUUUUGUUUUCUCUUAAAUGAUGGGACAUCAUGCAUCAUGUAUUUUUUCUGGAGAGAAAAAGCAUGAGAUGAAGAAUCAAGAAAAAAUGAAAUUCAGUUUUAAAUUACAUUCUUUUAAGCUUUAUAAAUAAAACAUUUUAAUACUAGUAA